UUUUUAACUACCGAUAUUUUUGUGCACCGAUAAUUAAAUAUAUGACAUCCCUACAAGACUUAAAAACGUAAAAAAUAAAAUGCUCAACGCAAAAGUUGGUAAAGUUGGCAAAGUGUUGGUAUGUGGCAUGAAAGGCGUUGGUAAGACAACAGUAAUUGAGCAGUUGGUUUAUGGAAACCUAAAUCCAGACACAGAACUCCAUCCUACCAUUGAGGACAUCUAUGUUGCCAGCUGCGACACGGGCCGUGGAGGGGCUCGUGAAACAUUACGCAUCUACGACACAGCUGGACUGCAGGGCAAGCAGCCGCGGCACUACUUACAAUUCCCUGAUGCUUUUGUAUUGGUCUAUGACCCCAUUGAUCCACGAAGCUUAGAUAUGCUGGCUGAUAUCCCUGUCAUUGUACUGGCCAAUGUGCGAGCCCGGGUUAAAAGGGACACACCACCAACAACGCCUAAUCCCGUCGAAAAGAUUAUGGACCGGGCAAACAUCUGGUGCCAGCGGGAGCGUAUAAAGCACUACACAGUCAAUGCCAUGGAACGCCCUUCAUUGUACGAGCCGUUCACGUCUCUGUGCGCUCGUGUUCAUCCAGCACAGACGAAAAGCACGUUCCCGCAACUGCGCCAGGUCAUGCAGAAUCGGCAAAAGAGCGAGGCGUAGAUUCCUACAAAUAUAUGUCUCAAAUUGCGAACUACUAACUAAGGGGUAUUGGGGGUAUUAUUUAUAUCUUAAUUUGUUUACUGUUUACUUGCCUUUCAAUGUGCUGCUUUAAUUGUACUUAUAUUUAUGUUUGUGAGUGUCCAAUUAAAUAUUAGUAUUUAUUACAAAAAGUCUUUGUAAUGCAUUAAUUUCAAGAUAGUCAACCUGUUGGUUAAUAAGCCUAAUAUUACAUACAUAUGUAUAGUCAAAAAAAAAUGACACUAGACUAUUAUUACCAAGGGCGUAAGUUUUUAGGCCCAGUUUUUUCACUAUCGUUUCUCUUAAGUUGCAAAUCCUCCAAUUCCAUAAAAAAAAUCAUAAAUUCUAGAGCAUUGUCUCUAACUAUCACUGCA